GAAUAGGGUGCUUUUCCAGCCGGGAAGGGAUGGGAAGCGGCCCCAGGAGGAGUGCCUUUGUCCUUCCCGCACAAAGCCGCCCCUCUUUGUCUUCCCCCCUUGCCUCCCAAGGCCUGGCGGGGCGGAAGAGCAUCCCAAUGGGGCGCCUGAGCGAGGAGGAGAAGGAGAAUUAGAAGAAGAAGGGGGCCUGGCUGGGAGGAGGGAAGGCGCCCGCCUUUCCCCAGGCAAGGAAAGGAAAGCCUUGGCGCCGCUUAAUCCGCGCGGCGCUUGAGCGGAGCAGCUCCGGGAGAGGAAGCCGCCCGGGCCGCCCUUUUCCUGCGCGCCAGAAAGAGCUUCUCGCUCGCUUCGGAGGAAAGGGCCAAGCAGGUACAUUGUAAAGUUGGAAAAUAGCUUUCAAGGAUUAACAAAUUGAGGAAAUUUGACAAUUAUCAUGGAUUCAUCAUUAAAUGCAUGCAGAGAAAAUUCUAAUCUUCUACUGAAGGAUGUUCAUCUAGAAAGUAAUGACUUGUUUGCUUCUCCAGCACUCACAAAAAAUGUCCGUGAUGAUACUACUACAAUGGAAAAUGCAUAUUCUUGCUUUGGAGAAGAACCAUUAAUGGGACAUUCACUUGUACAGCUAAUAGAUUGGGAUUCACAAAUAAGCCAAGAUCAGGAUUCUUUGAAGCAUUCAAGAUGCCGUUUUGGAGGCUCUGCUGACAAUAUAUUAUCUUUAACUUCGGGUCAAUCAGUUCUUCCUCUUGAGUGGAAAGUUUUGAGAUCUAGCCGGUCACAGGACACACUGGCACAUUUUUCAGAUAUCCCUCAAGAAUGUACAGAUGGAGGGUAUAAACCAUCAAUGGACAAUAACCAAUACACUGUAGAUGAUAUAAUUGGAGAUGAUGUUGUUUUCAGUAUAUUUCCCCAAGUUUUAAAGCAUAAUCAAGGUAAUACUUACACUGCAGAUUUCAGAACAGCUUCCCCAAUACUACGCUUUGCAUCAUCAACACCCCAAAAUGCAAAGCAAUCUUUGAAUGUUUCUGAGUGUAUAGCACUGCAAUGCCCAAGAACAGAAAAGUUGCUGGAAGUUGGAACACAAGUUAAUCAAUCACAGAGUUCAGCUAUUGAACAAGAUUCAAGUUUUAUUGAUCAGGUUUGGAUAUCAGCUGCGUCACCUAGGAACUUACAUAAUGAUACCUCACCAUUAGCUGACUUAGAACAUCAUGCUAAUAAUCAUAAGAUGGGAGACUUGCUUGUACAGUCUAAAUUUCAGCAAAAAUGUCCAGUUGAAAACAAAUGGGAAAGAACAGAUAUGAAGAAUGUUCAAAGCAAAGGUCAACUUCUCUUCAAGGAACAGAGUCUGAAUCUUACUGACAGUGGCAAACAGAAUAGCAAGGCAGAAAAUGUUCUUAACAAAGAAGAGUCCACCAACAGUCUGCUGAAAUCUGAAUGCAAUUCUCCUAUAAUCCUGCAGCAAUUUAUUGUGAACCUUAAAAGCCAAAUCAACCACCUUCACAAAGCCAACAAAACAGCUGUCUUACAGCUAGCAAAGGCCGAUGAAGAAAUGUCACAACUUAAGAAUGAAAUGGCUCUGUUAAAAACCGAAUAUUUACAACAGUUAGCAGAUUGCACUGAAGAAAACUUUAGGUUGAAGAAAAAGAUCAACAGGAUGCACAACUGUCAUGGUCCUGUAGACACUUAUGAGCAGGCCCUGCAUGAAGAAAUUUGUGAGCUGAGGACUGAAUCCAGGAGAAUAAGGGCAAUCAGUCACCAGCUGAAUGAGGAAAACCACAGAUUGAAAGAAGAACUAUGGGAUGUAAAGAGGCAAUAUGAAUUGCUAAUGCAUACACUUACUGGCAAACAGGAUGAAAGUCUUGAGGAAUGUCACAGGAAUAAUGCCUCUCCUUCACCCGUAAAUAGUGACUCAACAGACAUUCUGAUUGCUGGAUACAGUGACCCUGAAGUAGCAAGAGAAAACAGAAACUUAAAAGAUAACAUAACUGAAGAGAACAUAGAGAUGAAUGGCAACAAUGUUUCUGACCUAAACCAACACAAACAAACAUGUCACAAGAGCUCUAUGGAAAACAUCUCAUGUUCAACUUCAAGCCGUUUCUCUCAAAUGGAUGCUUGCAGCAAAUAUUCUCCACACAGGGUUCAUAUGGAUACAUCCAUACUAUCAAGACGACCAUUUGCACCCAGAAGUAUUGCAGACUUGAAAGUUGGAAACUUAGUAAAAUUUUCAGGGACAGCAGGGAAAAUCAGCAAAGGAACUGUCAAACAUUUGGGACCAUUGUUUGGAAGAGAAGAGAACUAUCUUGGCAUAGAACUGGAAGGUGAUCAAGUAGGGAGGCAUGAUGGAGUUUUUCAAGGAACGCGCUACUUUCUUUGUGAACCUAACAAAGGAGUAUUUGUUAACUUCAACAAAGUUAUCAUUGCCUGGGAAUAAUAAGUCAAGAGGAAAUGUGAAUUCUCCACAUUUUGAUGAAGGAAUAUUUGGAUUUUAAAACACCAGUCACGUUGUACUUCUCCUGAAAAUGAAAAACCCAAAGUGUCUUGAACUUUGUCUAACAAUCAGAAGUCAAUGUGUUUUUACCAUUUUCGGAAGGCUCUAUGUAAGCAUUUUCUUGGAUGUUAUAGUUUUUGUAAAAUAUAACUAUUACUGUUGUCUAUGCGAACAGGAAAAAACUUGAAAUACAUUAUAAGGAUGGAUAAACCCAAUUCCCAAAUGAAUGAAUUCAAUCCAUUUCUCCUCUAUGUCAGGGUGGGCAAGUGUAUGGCUUUCGAGAUGUUGGACUUCAAGCUUCCAGUGUUCCUCGUUUUUGGCUAUGCCAGAUAAGCUGCUGUCCAACAAGCUGUCCACAACUUGACCUAUAUGAAUUAUGCCAUGUAAGCUCACUGUUAUGGUCGUAAAAUCAUAUCAAGAGUCAAAUGCAUGAACAGGAUGGUAAUAAUAAUAAAAAGACUUUAUUUAUAUUCUCCCCUAUCUCCCCUAGGGGACUCAGGAAUAGAUGCAAUGAUUUCAUUAUUGUGACCUGAUGCAAAAAAGUAGCAGUGACUACAGAAAUAUUUCCCUCCUAAUUUAAUCAGAUACAAGUGUAAGGAUGUGCUAAUCUUUGAGGACAGUAGGCUCUCUCACAAAGAUAGGGUAAUAAAUUGUGUAGGAAAAAGCACUGGGUUCAUCCUGCUUUCAAAGUAAAAAAGCUGAAUUAAGGGGAGUUGCUGAAGCUCACACAUGGAGAGUAAUGUCGUAUGUAACUAAGAAUGUAUGCUUCCAAAAAGAAAGAAAAGUAUAACUACCAAACUUUUGAAUGUCAAAGAAAAA